GGUAAGAACCAUAGAUGUUCGUUUAUUUGUUCGUUUAUCUGUCUGAGGCAGAUUUGCUCUCAUCCGUUUGCUCCCCUGACGCAAAUGAGGCACAUCACACAAUCCAAACCCACCAGUGGAAAGUUUCUUUGUUGAAUAUUUUCUGGGUUCAUGGAAAAAUGGUCGAAUUUAGAAGAUGAAUCCACACUCCAUGAAGUUGAAAUAGCCCAUGCUUCAAAUUGGGGAGAUGAACCUUCUUUGAGGCUGGGAGUCAAAGAUUGGGUUUUUGAUGGCUAUAAGAAGAAGCUUAGGGUUUUGUUUGAUCAAAUACUUGUAGUGUUUCUUAGUAAUGUAUCUAAGAAUAUUUGUCUUAGGCCUCUCCCGGUAAUGAAUGGCGGUGGGCGUGAGAUGGAUUUAUUUAAACUUUACUGGAUAGUUAGAAGGACCGGUGGGUAUGAUGCUGUUAAUAGGGAAAAUUUGUGGGGUUUUGUUGCGGAGCAAUGCGGGUUUGAUUUUAGGGAAAUACCAUUUUUGAAGUUGAUUUACAUCAAGUAUUUGAAUGAAUUCGAUCAAUGGAUGUGGAAGAGAUGUAGAGAUUAUAGUUUGGAGAGAGUAGAAAGUGGAUUGGUUAGGAGACUCGAAACGUUGUCAAGUGAGUUGAAGGAGAGGUUUGGAAACAUUCGCAUUAAUGACGCUAAACAGAAUUCUGGCAGUGUUAAUCAAAAUAAUUUGGGCAUGAACAAUGAUGGAGAGGAAGAUCUUAUUGAUGUUGUCAUCGGCAGUGUAUAUGAUCAUGUUGAAUCAGCUGAGAAGUUGGUUGUAAAAAGUCAUGAUACAAAAAGAUUCCAUAUUAACAAUACUAAACAAGUAGUUCCCAAGGUCGAAAGCAAUAACUGUUGCAUGGACGGUAAUAAAGAAAAUGUCGUUGAUGAAGAAACUGUUCAGAAAGUCCUCUGCUCAGUUCCGGAUUAUCCACAGGGAAGAUUUGUAGAUUACAAAAAAUGUUGUGCUAAAGACGACAACACUGUUGUUACCUCUGCCAAAAAGCUUAUUGAUAGAGUCCUCAAUAGAAUGCAUGACUUCCCUAGAAAAGCUAUCAAUGAAAAAGUAACAACAGAGGAUGUUGUGAAUGGAGUGCAUACACUUAAGAGAAAAUCGGUACCUUCACGUUUCUUAGAAAUCAUUGAUUGGGUGACCAAUGCAGCAAAACAUUCUGAUAGCCCUGAAAUUGGUAAAAUCCCCGAGUGCUCUCGGUGGAGGGAUCAUAGCCUCAAUGAAUUAUGGGUCCAGUUUUUAUUGAUUCGAGAAGCUAUGCUGAACAAAAAACAUUUUAUUUUAAGUUCCGAAGAAUCUUCUCCUCAGAAGAAGCUUAAAAUGCAUCCUUCAAUGUAUGAUGACGACAUUCCCAACCAUCUACUUACAGAGAAAAUGGGAUGCAGGAAAAGAAUUUUUUCUUUGACGAAACCUGAUUCAUGUUCAUCUUCCUAUUCAUGCUCCGCUACUGAUAACAAGGUUGUUAGUCCUCAAAAAACUGAAGCAUGCCCCAAUGAACGAAUUCCUUCGAAAAGCGAGUCAUCACCAACAGAACUAAACAACAGUAUUUCUCGGGAAGAACCAACGAGCCUUCUGGAAGUUUUCAUUGGCCCUCUCUACCAGGCUGAAGUCCCAGAAUGGACUGGUGUGACUUCAGAGAGUGAUUCCAAGUGGCUAGGAACACGAAUGUGGCCUCCAGAAAAAACAAAGUCCAUGAUUGAAUCCAAUCGUAUCGGAAAGGGAAGACACGGUCCAUGUUAUUGCAUAUUCCCCUUGUCGGUUCAAUGCGUAAGGUUUCACUGUGCAGAGAAACGGCACAAACUGAAGCUUGAGCUUGGCCACUUGUUCUACCAAUGGAGAUUUAACUGCAUGGGGGAGGAAGUUUCCCUUUCGUGGACUGCAGAAGAGGAAGAGAGAUUCAAAAACUUGAUGAGAUUGAAUGCCGCAACUCCAAACAAGUUCUGGAAUAUCGCUGCCAAGUCUUUUCCAUCAAAGACAAAGAACAUGCUGGUUAGUUACUACUUCAAUGUUUUUCUUAUCAAGCACCGAACUUAUCAGAACCGGGUAACUCCAAAAGAUAUCGACAGUGAUGAUGAUGAAAAAGAAUUUGGAUCAGUAGGCGACCCUUUUGGUCAUGAAGCCAUUUAUGUUUCAGGAUCCAGGCAACCUCUAUGCACAGAGAGUAAGAGAGCAGCAUGUUACAGGUAGGCCGGCUCCCCAUUUUUGGCGAAACAAAACGAUAGUACGUAGCUUCUUCUUGUUUAGAGUUUUGGAGGAAUGGUAAAAUGGUGGUAGAGGUAGGGCCUUGUUUUUGUGUUUGAUCUUUAAAUAGUUGAAAGCUGAAAAUUGUGUAAUGUAGGAACUUGAUAUAGGAUGCUGUCAUUUCAUGAACCCAUGUUGGCUUGUGAGCCUCUUAUAUGGUUUCUGAAAAUGAACCAAUUCUGCAGGGAAAAAGAAUAUAUACAAGUUUAAAGGAAACUGCUGCUACUUUAGUAAAUGCUUUUUCACCAU